GCACAAAUUCUAUUCCUCUCUCUCUCUCUCUCUCUCUCUCUCAGAACCGGCCAUCAGAAUUUCUCAAUCCUACGGCAAAAGCGAAACCCAGUUGAAUUUUCCUGUGAAUUUUGAUCCCACAAUCCAAAUGGAAACCCCAUUAUCCACCAGAAGAGUAACCAGAUCGCAAACAAGAUCAGAGACCUUGACUGACAAAAGUAUUAACACCAAUAACAACAUGGAAAUCUCCAAAUCUGAAAAGACAGUGACGAAAUCAAGGCAGAUGAGCAAGAAAAAAGGGCAAGAUCGAUCAGCUUUUAUGGAUAUAACAAAUGAUUCCCCGAUUGUUGGGCUCGCAAUGGGGAAUUUGAAAACCCCAUCAUCGACAUUGUCCAAGAAGAGGAUCAACUGUCGAGCCAACAACACAGGCGGUACCCCGGGCUCGGGAGAGGCCCUAUUGAGAGGUCAAGUGAAAUCCCUUUUGCAGAAAGUUGAAGAAGAGGCGGAGCUUUCGAAAAUUACUUUGGAAAACAAGCCUUUCUUUAACCUUGGCAACUCUCCAUUAUGCUUUCUUGCACCAACUCCUGCAAAUACACCCCAGAUUUUGAACCUUGGUGAUAGUGGAAAUUACUUGCCUUCCGUUACACCAUCCCCUGUUGAAGAAAAGUUUUUGAUCCCUCAGAGUCAGGUGUUAAGUGAGAUCUUAAAUGGGGAGAAACAAGAUGCAAGUGAGUCUGAGAAGUGUGAGGUUACAAGGUCUCUGCUAUUGGAAUUUUUUGAGAAAUCAGACGGCUCUGAUUCAUCCGUGCUGACAUGCCAAAGUGGAGACACUGAAAGUGGUGAAGCGAAGCUAUCUACUGAUGAUGAAGAUGCAUCGAUUUGGUCCGUUCAGGUUAAUGCAAGCAGUACCAGAGACAACUGCAAAGAAGAAGAAGAAGAGGUCGAAAAAGAAUGCGAUUAUGACUCCAAUUUUGUCGAUGACAAAGAAGAUGACGACGAAGAAUUGCUUGUUGAGCUAUGUGAAGGAAUUAUCAAAAUGAAUAUGAAUGGAUGCAGGAAAAUGGUAAAAUUUACUGGCAAACAUACUCGAUUCGUGUAUGGCAGUGAUGAUGAACUUGAAGGAGAAGAAGAAGUAUGCAAUGGUGAAAUUGAAUCUCCUGUUUCAUAAUCAUUUGAAGGGUGUGUGAGAAAUUUAUUGCUUUAAUGGUCGUCUUUCUUUAGACGCCAUGUUAUUCUAAACUUCUGGAUUUGGAUUAUAUACUCUGAUGCUGUAAUCAUUCUAAGAAUUUUAAUUGCAAAAUUUUAUCAUAA